AGAAUAUAAUAAUUAAGUUUAGUCUAAAAUUGUUUGAUAUAUCUUUGACGUUAAUUUGGCGGGCUUUGGUGAUGUUUUCAAUUCAUAAGAGUAAAAUAACGUUCAGCAUAUUGUACGUUUUAUCCGUGUUUAGCCCUUUGUGGAAUCUCCCUGACGCCGUUGUCGCGGAAGUAAAAAGUCUACGUGUGGAAGAAAGGUUGGUCUGGCUGUGUUUAAACACAUUAAACACUAACAGCACCCAUGUCCAAUCCAGCACCGCUUCGUUUCUGGUUGAACCAGUCUUCGUCCUCCCCCGGGAGCCAAAUGAACGCGCUGAGCGGCAUCCGGGGCGUAUAAAUAAAUGGUGUGGAGAGCAGAUCCGAGGCGGUAAUGCUGCGCCGGGUGCGGCAGUCUCUCCGGCAGGUGCUGUUACUGAUGGCCCGGAGACCAGACCUUCUCUGCGGGGCUAUCGUGCUCAGCGUCCUGCUCUUACUCGCGGUUAAAUUCACAUGCAGCCGUGCUAAGAAUGUGGUGGCAGCAGCUCGGCCUCCUGUCCGGUUCUUCCCUGCCGAGGCCCCGGUAGUGGACCUCUACUUGGGUCAGCUGGACCAGGUGGAACGUCUUAGGAGCAUGGCUGAGGUGUCUCUUAUUUUCUUUUACGCUCCUUGGUGUGCCCACUCGAUGGCUGCCCGACAGGAAGUACAGCAGGUUGCGAAGAAGCUGGCCAAACAAGUGCAGUUUGUGGCCGUUAACUGCUGGUGGAGUCAGGGGAAAUGCAGGAGGCAGAACCGUUUCUAUCACUACCCCAUCAUACAUCUGUUUUACAGAAGGUUUGGGCCAAUAGAGUACAGAGGUCCAUUUGUGGCUUCAUAUAUUGAACGUUUUACCCUCAAAGUGAUCACACCACUAACUUACCUCCCAACCAGAGCACACCUUGAAGAGUUCCUGUCCUACCAUGAGUCUGGUGUGGUGGGUGUCUUCCAGUUUAAUUCCUCUCCACAGCCACCAGGGUACAUCACCUAUCUUUCCUCUGCCCUGCAGGCCUUAAGAAGAGAUUACCACGGCAUUGUGCGGUUUGGCGUUGUGACGAGCAAACAUGUGGCAGAGGCCUUCUCGCUUGGAGAGGAUGAAACGGUGUACCUGUACAGAAGAUUUAACUCUUCUUUGAUUUUUCCAAGAAAGGAGCAAAACUUUACAUCCUCAGCCAUCUGUAAUUGGGUGUUUGAACACUACGAGACGGUCCUCCAGUGGCUGCAGCCGCCAGGGACGAAGUCCCGCCUGCUGGAAGAGGAGUUGACGAAAGGCCCUGCACUGCUUCUGUUUAUGCCACACAACCCCCUGCAGUCUGAGCCAAGUGCCAUACUACAGCAGUUUGCAGACAUUGCUCUGCGUUACCAUUCCUGCGACCGCUCCAGCUCAGACGACCACUUCCCUUCUUUCACAUCGCUGUGCUGCCAGUCCAUUCCUCUUCCAGAGUCCAGAACAAGUGUGUGUGAAGUUUGCCUCGAGCUGUCCGGGCCGAGCCUCCCCAGCUCCUCAGCACGCUGCUCAUUGCCUUCCAUUUUACAAGAAGGAGACCGAUCUGGGACUCAUCUUGAACACUGCUGCCUUCACCAGCUACCUUCUCCCAUAUCCAUAAAGACUGCAACCUCUGAGGGCUGUAGUCAUUUUGUGAACAGCUACAGUCCCUUUACUCAGUUCAGUGCCUGCUGUAAAACAGUAGAAUCUCAGCUUAAUGAAUCUAAAGCCAAAGAAGAGCCGGAACCUCCUCCUACUCCUCCCCCUCCCUCCAUCCCUCCAUCCUCUGCUCCCAAGCAGGAGGAAGAUGGCAUCACAGGGCUAAAUUGUCGAACUAACAGGACUCUCAGGUUUUAUGUGCUGGAUGUUGGUCUCAGCUGGCCUCUGGCAGAGCGGCUCGGAGCGUCGAGCCACAGAAACUCGUCCCUACACCAAGAGGCUUCCGCAGGAGGCGACAGGAGCUGUGAUGGGUCGUUUGUGGCUCUCGUGAACCUGAAGGACGAGGUUCAUUAUGUUCUUCAUCGCAGCCCAGCCGCCACACUGACAGAGUCUUUGGAGGCGUUCAUCAGGAACUUCAGCUCACCCUACAGUCAUUUGCAGAGAUAUUUGGUUGGAGAGGAUGACAGGAAGGGAGGUGAAGACGAAGCCAAGCAUCUAGAGCAACAGCAGCAGAAGUGGCUUCCUCAGCGCCGCCUCAUCACAGAGUUGACCACUUCCUCCUUCGUGGCCUCUAUCAUGGAUCAGCAAAUGGAUGUGCUGCUGUUCUACUACACUCAGUGGUGCGGGUUCUGCUCUGUCCUCAACCACGUCCUCAUCCAGCUGGCCAGACUGUUGCAGGGAAACGGCACCAUCACCGUGGCCAGGGUGAAUGUCGCUCGUAAUGACCUUCCCUGGGAGUUCAUGGUGGAUCACGUCCCUUCGAUCCUGCUGUUCCCUAGAUACAGGAAACCUCUUAGCGUGAAGUAUCCUGACAACCUACCCAUCACGUUACCAAACCUCCUCCGCUUCAUCCUGCAACACUCCGGCUCACUGCAUCACCGCAACAGGUCCUCCGUGGGAGCACAGGGAUCUGGACCCGGCGGCGUCCUCCACUCAGAAUUCCUGGCACUCCAGCGCGAAGUCCAAACACUGCAUCACGCCCGCGAACGUCUCUCGCAGCAGCUGGCGCAAGUCUGGCGUGAGAACCGACAGCUUAAGUUUGACAUACGCAGCAUUGAGCAGAGUCUGGAGAGGCAGGUGCAGGAGAAAAGCCAGCAGCUCGCCGAGGCGCUUGGGCGGCUGCAACAGCUGGCGGACGCUUCUGAGACCCUGCUAAAUGAGAACAUGCUGCUCAAAGUCCUGCUGAGGGCGCUGAAGAACAGGACAGAAGCUGAAGAGCAGGCCGAGGUGGAGAGAGAAGAGACGGGACAGGAAAAAAGCCAUCAAGCUCCGUGAGUCCAACUCUGCAGGGAUGGUGGGCAGCGACUCAGGAGGAGGAAAGUGGGCUUAAAAAUGAAGGAAAGACUGAACAUGGAGAGAAGAAAAGCUGUGAUUAGACCUACAGUGCAGAUAGAAGGGGAAUAUUUGCAUUUGGAAAGUGGAUGUCAUGUAAAAUCUUAAUAAAGAAGGUUGUUGGUUUGUUAACACUGAGACUAACCUGGAGUCCUAAAAGAGGACACACUCCAGAGUAAAGGAGUGAAAGGAGCCGUUAUAAAGUGCUUUAAAUCAGGUCACUCAUGGAAACAGACUGUUAGGAAUUCAGUUCUAAAAAAUCAUUUUCAUCAUUUUUGAUUCCUGUAAACUUUAAUGACGGCAACAAAGUUCAACACUAGUAAACGGAGGAAUAAUUAAAUGUGUGGAAACAGACAACAGGUUUGGCUGAGAGAGGAAAUGAUUCAAACAAUCAGCUUGUUGUUUCUGAUCAAACCGGUCCAACUGGGAUGAAAACUCCAGCUGCUUCCAUUCAUUUUUCACAAUAAAAGCAGCGCCAUAAAUAAAGACUGUUGUUUUAUCAAAGGAGCUGUCUCAGUCAUGUUAACUGGGAAAGUGGAAGCUUUUGCUUUGGACAUGCUUAUGGAAAAAUUAUCUGGGAAAUAAGGAAUUUCCUGAAUGAAGGGCCUUUUUUUUUAAAUACACCUAUUCAGUAUGGACUCACCUGCUGUCCAAGUAUCAAAUGUAAGAUGUUUUACUUUACUAUCGGUUUGCGUUGGAGCGUGAACUGUUCAUUUCUUUCGUCAAGAAAUAUGAUCUAAAAAAAUACAUUGAAUGUAUAAUGUAUUUUUUUACAAGUUUUCCAGCUUUUAUUUUUGCAUUUAUUGCUGAUCUAAAUUGUCAAGCAAUAAGAUGCUUCCACGUUUCUACCCAAUCAUGUGGAUGUUUUCCUAAUUAUUAGUGUAAAUCUGCAGAGUUUUGUUGCUUUUUACAUGCAGAUUACAGCUAAACCUUGUGGAAAAAGAGCAAAUCACUAAUUUGUUUUUAGCAACACUUUUCAGUGAAGUGUUGCUGAAUUUACCAGAAGGGGGAAACCCCUCGUCUGAUCUUACAGUGAGAGAAAAUUUCUGUUUUUUCAGUUUUAAUGGGGAUAUAAUGGUGGGUUUGCUACACUGAUUUAUUUUUAAAGAAAUUGAGUCACAAAGAUGGAACUAUGUAACUAUUCAGGUAUUCAUAAUAAGAUGCUGCAGUUGUUUACAUGUGAAAUAUUGCACCGAUUUUUACUGAUUAAACAUCUUUCUGUCUUUCUUA